UGGCGAAGUAAGUUACCCCUUCCGCUCUUCCUAAUGUUCCUCUUACUCACGAUAAGAUUUUGUAUUCUGUUCUUUUAUUCCUAUAUAAAUUUCCUUGGAUGUGUAGAAGGAUAUGUGUGUGUGUGUGUGUGUAUAUGUGUGCGUAGAAUAUAGAUAGGCAUGGUGUUGAAGAGGAAAGACUGGUGAAGGUGUAAAAGCGUCUUAUAAGGCCUUCACAUGAGGGGCUAGAUUGGUCUUAGACUAAUUAGAGCCUGUUGAGCUGCAAUAAGAAUUUAUAUUGCUUGCUAGUCCACAAUAGAUUUUUAUUGAUGGUGGUACUAUAUUUAUUAUAUAUGGAAAAAAUAGGAUAAAUAUUAAAUUUCUGUUUCUUACAAAGAAAAAAAAAAAAAAAAAAGAAAAAGAAAAAAAAAAGAACGAAAAAAAAUAUAGUAUUCAAUGAAUGCCAAAAGUAAUCCACAGAAAAAAUCUAAUAAAGAAAUAUCAUUAACAAUGAUACCUAAGAUUAUGUCAGGAGCAACAUCCACCAAAUCUAAUGAUAACACUUUAUUAAAUUCUGUUAAUGUAUUUGUAAAAUCUGAAGAGAAAACGUUCAUUUCUUCUAAUAAGACUGCCCAAAGUAAUACGUACAAAAAUAGGGAGAUUAGUGAUUCAACCAUUCAAUCUACUGUAGAUCAAAUAGAGGAUCAUGAAUCGCAUCAGUCCAAUGCAGAUACGCAUAAAAUAAGCAAUAGCGAUAAUAUAUCUUUGCAAGUCAAAGAAAUCAUUGCAUGUCCAGAAUCACAUCCAAUAUCGCAGAAAGAAAUGAUAAAUGAACAGAAACCUAUAAAGUCUAUUAUUAUACCUUCUGCACAAGCAAAAAAGAGAGGAAGACCUAGGAAAUAUGUGUGUAUCCAAAUUCCACAAAAGUGUGAUGACGACUCUUCGCAGUUACAUGUUUCCAAUUCAGAAGCAUCAAUGUAUCACACAAAAAAUUCUACAAAUACGUUUGUAGAUGCAUCUGACAGUAAAUCCUCUGAUCAAAAUAUUAAAGUAAAUACUUCUGACAAUAUUAAUGCACCUAAGCGAAGAGGACGUCCUCCAUCAAAAAACAAGAGCAUUAUUAAAAAUGAAGUAAAAGAUCGUAAUAAAAAAAAAGUAACCAUUAAUACUCAUGACAUUGAACAUAUACCAGAAUUGUCUAACACAGCUACAGUCACAAAGGAAAAUAGUAGAUUAAAUGUAGUAGAGGAAGAAGAGAUUCAAUUAAUUAAGUGUAUGAGAUGUGAAAAAAAAAUAGCAAAGGGACAACAGGAAGUACAUAAUUUAAUGAAACAUAACAACAUGGGCUGGUAUGAAGGAGAAGAAUCAAUGGACUUUCAAAAUGAUAUAAAAUUAUUGAAAAGGGUAUUAGCUAAUGCCAUAAAAAAAAAGAAAGGUCAACUUGGUUGUGAACAAUGUGGAGCAAUAAAACGCAGUGUUAAUGGAUUUAUAUCACAUAUUCAAUUUUGUGGUAAAUCAGAUGAUGAAAAAAGAGCAUUAAUGGUAACAUGCUCUGUAUGCAAUGCUGUUAUGAUGCCAUCAUCUAUGGAAAUUCAUGAGCGACAUCAUAGGGAUUUGAAAUAUAAUAAACGCAAAAGUCUACUGAUGGAAUUUCCGGAAAAUGAAAAAGUAAGACGUAAAGCUGCAGAAAAAGCAGUAUCAAAAAUAUUACAGUUUACAGAACUUGUUAAGGAUGAAUGUUUAGGACAAUCUAAAAAGGUGGAUUUAAAUUCUUCUGUAUUGAAAAACGUAAAAAUGCCGGAAUUGAGAAAGAAAGUGCCGUCUGUUUGGAAAGCUAUAUGGAAGAAGGAAUUAGAAUUAGAAGGUGUAUCAAAAUGCCGUCAAAUAGGAUGCAAUUUUUCAUGUUCUUCAUAUGAAGAUAUGUGUAAACAUUGUUCUGAAUGUAAUUUUACACCUCAAGAGAAUUUUGCUUGUAAAAUAUGCAAAUUUUUUGCUGAAAGUAAAGAGAAAAUUAUUGAGCAUAUCAAAGCUAAACAUGAAACUGAUGAUAAUGCAGAUAAUUCGCCUGAUUUUAAAAAAGAAGAUAAUACAUCUGAUGAAAGUGAAGAUGAGCCUCUUGCAGAAAGAUUUAAACAGCAAUCGCACGCUAUAAAUACGGAAAAAGAAAAAUCAUGCAGUAUAAUGAUGUUUUUGGAUGAUUCAUAUUCGUUAAAAGCACCCUGGAGUAAAUUUUACUUGCCAACUUUGAACUGGACAAUGGAAUAUGAGAUGGAGAAUUAUGAAUUUCAAUUAUUUCAUGAUUAUCUUCCAAAUCCAUUUGUACUAUUAAAUAAUGAAGAUGCAAUGCGAUACUUACCUCCAUUAAAAGCAUCAAUGCCUACAAAGACAGUAAAUUUAAAUUCAUCUGGCAAUGUAGAGAAUGAAGAGAGUGAAUGGAAAUAUUGGAAAACAUUUGAAGGAGGAAUUUCUCAAGAUUUACCAACAUUUUUUACCGGUGGACCUGUAUGGGCCUUAGCAUGGUUAUCUAUUCCAGCUUAUGCAUAUCUUAAAACACCCGAUCAAUAUAUAGCAUUAAGUACGCACCCUGAUAUGGAAAGUGAAUAUGCUAUAGGGAAGGCAUAUUCGGGACAUAAUAUGAUACAAAUAUGGAAUAUGGGUAAAUUAAAUAAUGAGUCGAAAUCUAUAAUUAGUGCUCCUAUUUUGUCAUAUGCAAUUGUACACAAUAGCAGUACAAUAUGGUCUCUUGAGUGGUGUCCAUCUGGAUGUUACCAAGAUGACACUCUAAAUAAUUUUGAAAAAGGAACAGUUAGUUUUAGAAGGAUGGGUUUACUAGCUGCUGCUGGUUCCGAUGGUUCUGUAUAUGUUUACUCAUUGCCAUUUCCAGAAGAACUUAAAUUUAACAAAUCUGAAACUAAUAAUCUUCCAAUUUACAAGACUGAUCCUGUAUUGAUAUUAGUUGUAAAUAGUAUUAUAUAUAAUAAUGACAAGCAACAUUGGCAAUGUACCAAAAUAUCAUGGACAAAGGAACGUGGGCAUAAUACCAUUGCUGCAGGUUUUUCAAACGGUUAUAUUGCAUUAUGGGAUCUAACAGAGGAAUCGCCAUUAUUAAAACAAAAACAAAAUGAUUCAUUGAUAAUAAAUGCAUUUUCACAUUUCUUUGCACAUGAUAGUGCCGUUAGCAUGUUGGCGUUAAUUCCAUACAACAAUCAGCGAUUUUUAGCUUCAGCCAGUGUAGAUAGAUUUUAUAAGAUAUGGGAUUUGGAAAAUACAAAUUCUCCUCAAGAAUCUGUAAAAAAGGGUAUGAUAACUGAUGGAGUAUGGAUGCUACAUUGGCCUAGUGCUGUUAUUGGUUUUGAUGAUGCCUUAGGAUUUAGACAUACAAACUCGUACUUGGUUCCAUUGAGGGAACAUGGAUUUAAAUUGUGUCCACUACUUGCAACUAAUUCUCCAACAUAUACCGUUGCUGUAUCAGAUCAUGCAAAUGGUAUAGCACAUGGUUCUUUGGCUGGAGAUAUUAUUUCUAUUUUUCCACAUCAGUUAUUAUAUGCAAAAGAUGUAGACAAGAUAUUGCCAAGAAAGAGACAAUUAAAUUCUUUUAUUAAAGUAGUAGAUUUAAAAGAACUGCCGAAGGACAGUCUUAAAAAACAAAAAGGAAAUGGUAAAGAAAAAAAAUCAAAAGAUUAUAAUUAUAUGCCUGAGACAUAUAAUGAAUGUAAAGAACGUUUCGGUAUUAUUUUUCACAAUAACUUUGUGAGCGUAAAAGAUAGUUUAUCAAAGGACAUACACCAAAAAGUUUUAUAUUCUGAAAAGUUGACAUAUGUUCCCAUUGAACAAUAUCCAUUUACGUCUGUGAAUAAAAUAGCUUGGAAUCCAAAUAUGUGGAGUCAUUUAUGGCUUGCUGCAGGUUAUCAAAAUGGUUUAGUAAGAUUAUUGAAUUUUACAUUUAUGUCACCGAAAUGUGAUAUGAACAAAUUAAUAAAGGAGCAUGCAGAAGCUUUUUUAAAAAGGAUUAAAAAUCAAAGUCAAAAUCAUGAUUGACAUAAACAUGAAUACUUUUAAAAAAAAAAAAAGUAAAAGCUCUGGUCCAGUAUUUUUAAGAUUCUGAUCUCUGAAUUGUUAUAAUUUUAUGCGUUGAAAUUAAUUUAAUAAAAUAUAUUACCUAUUGUCAUUUUAUAAUGCACAUACAUAUAUCUUUAUGUAAUGCAUUUGUUGUUAUAUUAAUUUUCAUACAGAACGGUAAUGGUUGAGAAUACACAAGUUACAUAAGAUUAUGCAUCUUUAUAAAGUAGUUAAAUAAAUGUAUAAUUAGAUAAUUUAUAAAGAAAUACUGGAUCAAUUUUACAUUUAUUAUAUAAUAUUAGAAUUCUGUAGUCAAUUUAUUACUUUAUGUUAAUUUUUAAAACUUAUUUAUUUUA